UGAUCGAAGUGAGCUCGAUCUGUAGCAUGGAGGUGUAGGUCUUGAAGCCGCAACGUCAUGCAGCGCCAAUAUGAAGCAGCAAGAGAAAUCGCGCUCCAAUCGCAUGCCUCGAACAACAAACCAAUUCGCGCCUUCCUGCGUUUCCUUGAUUCCAUGCCUGCAGUCUCAAUCUAUCAUCGCCAUGUUUUCGUUCACCAUCCUCUUCCAUCCUCUACCCUUGUUCGCCAAUUUAUAUACCUUUACCGACCUCUUGCGACAGCAUUUCCAUAGCAUCAAUCCCUACCUCUGCCCGCCCUCACCACUUUCACGAUUGUCGUUCGAACUACUAUCUGUGUGAUUUAACAAGUCGUUGGAACACGAAUCGACCUUCGGCAACAACGGAUACCUUUUAUUCUCAACCUGGUUUACUCUCUUACGUCUCCAGCAUGAGACAGCGAGUGGUGGCCGCCAUCUUGGCUGUCGUCUCGCGUGCAAAUAGCUUACAAACGCAUCAUAUGAAGCAUAAGCUUGUUGCUCGUCAGAACAACGCUGCGAACACUCCACUCGUCGUGACGAACUACUGUCCAGACACCAUCUAUCCCGGCAUUGCCACACAGCACGGCAUCGCACCUGGACAGACUGGAUUCGAACUCACUUCUGGGUCGACUGUGUCACAGUCGGUCUCUGAAGAUUGGCAAGGUCGUGUCUGGGGCAGGUCAAAUUGCAGCUUCAACGCUCAGGGCAGAUCAAAUGGUGGCGGGCCAGCCUGCACUACUGGAGACUGCAAUGGUGUGAUACCCUGUCAAGCAGCAGGUGCUGUACCAGUGACGCUCGCUGAAUUCACGCUUGAUGCAGGUGACGGUCAAAGCUACUACGACAUCUCUCUUGUCGACGGAUACAAUCUUCCUUUGGCCAUCGUCCUUGUUCCGCAUGGCAAUUCCUCGCUAGAUGACAUUCCUCCAAAUCUCACCAAUCCAUCCUGCGAAGGCACAGGCUCCAUGCUUGCUCCAUCCGGCUUCAACCCAUACGGCAGUGGAACCUUCCUCGGCACAAAUGCUUCAUAUCCCCUGCCAUUUGAGACAAAAGUCACCACAAGUAAUGCUAAUCAGUGGUGUCCUUGGGAUCUGCAGGUCAAUGCCCCGUCCGCCCCUGGAGACAAUGUAUAUCCUUAUCCCGACGGCAAUAUUCAAAGACCUGCAUUUGACCCUUGCUUCUCGGCUUGCGCCAAAUACAACUCCGAUCAGUACUGUUGCCUUGGCAAGUACAACAGGCCUGAUCAAUGCAGUCCCAACUACUACGCCAAAGCAGCAAAGACCGUGUGUCCGGAUGCCUACAGCUUCGCAUACGACGAUCAGUCCUCCACGUUCAUCAUCCCUUCUGGAGCUGGCGUCCAAGUUGUGUUCUGUCCGGGCGGAAGGAGUACAGUCAUCCUCUCCACAAAAGCAGCACAGCUCCGCGAAUUGGCCAGCACAGGUUCCGUGUCAAACUCAGGCGGCUCAAAUUCCACAGCUUCCAGCUUUGCGAUCCCGAAUCUUGAUGUUAGACGGCGGUAUACUUGGUUUUCUUAUUCAGUGGGUCUUCUCUUCAUCUGCUGGUGGUAAUGGGUGCUCUCACUUUUCGAGAAGAGGCGUUCUAGAUGUGGCCCUUAGUCUCUCGUCGGGUUCUAGUCUAGUUAUACUUCCUGUAUACACAUUUGUAAUCUCUCGUGCUCAGUCGUACUUCCAGUAUGUGUGAGUCGAUAGUACAGACCAAUGUGCUGCUUCGCGUGCUGGUCGCGGUCGAGGCAGCCCUGGUUGGAGGUCGUUGCAAUGUCAAUAUCUCUUCUUGUUCCACCCACAGCAUAUCGUAGCGUCGAUGAGUAGAGCUAGUUACCUAUACAC